UACAGAAUAACCUGAAUUGCUCAAGCUCAUUCCUAACACCUUACUAAUGACUUGGACUGUCAACUAGUAUUCUAUUUUUCAAUACAAAAUGGACCGUUCUGGGACAAUUGCUUUUUAUCUGUAGGCGAAUAGGCCCAGCAAUGACUUCCACUAUCAGUGUAUCUCAACAGGUUCACAAUGUGAUUAUGUACAUUUUAUCAAUUAUCAUGUGGUUUUUGGUGACACACUUCCGUGUUCUUGACUGACAUGUCUUUCUUACCACCCGUCACAGCCUCGUCAUGGAGGCUCUAUGUAUAAGAGUGACAGAUCUAAACCUGAUGCACUACCUUGUCAGGGAACAUUAUGACAAGGGUGAACCUUAACAUGUGUUAUCUUUAUAAACAAGACCGGUCACAUUCUUAGACACCUACUACUACGGAGUCUUAAUAAGUCAGUCAACUAAGUUACAACGAGUGUCAGUUGCCUCCAUUUCAGAGGAUUUUGGACUAGACUAGAACACAGGGUGUCAGUUUGUAUGUUAGUAAUGGAUGAUUUCAGUUUGACAACCCAUUCUGAAGACUGCUGAAAAGCUACCGUCAUGAUGAGGAACACUGCACUGUUGUGUCUCCUGUCCGUCUCAGGACUGUGUUGCCUGACUCAGUAUCUCCCCUCCUCAGUAUCACUAUGUUAGCCUUCAAAUGAAUUAUAGCCAAGCCCAGACUUAUUGUAGAGACAUGUACACUGACUUGGCAACCAUCUACAACUCAGGGGAUCUGGAUAGACUUGUACAAUUGGUACCGAAUUGGACAGCCAGUGUCUGGAUAGGACUGGAGUUUGGAGAUGAAUUUGAGUGGCACUGGUCAUUGCCAGAUCAGAGAAAGAUUGAGUUUUUCAACUGGAGGGCAGCAGAGCCGAAGCAAAACAAUACUCAAGAUAGCUGUGCUGCAAUGGAUCCAAACGGACAGUGGUUUGAGGAUAACUGCCAAAUUAAAAGAGGUUUUGUUUGCUUUGAUGCAAGACUUGGAGAGAGGCUCAAGACCACUGCCGGGGUACGUACACAGACCUGGCCAGCAUACGGUCCAGAGAGGAAAACCAUCACAUCCAGAACAUGUCACUGUCCCAGAGCAUGUGGAUUGGUCUCUUCAAAGACCCAUGGAAGUGGUCAGAUGGGAGCAACUCCUCAUACCGCUUCUGGAAGACCAAUCAGCCUAACAACUUCAGAGGGGACCAGAACUGUACUUCUGUUAUACUCAACGAUAAGAAGUGGAAUGACCAGUGGUGCAACAUCAGUUGGUGGUUUGUCUGCCAUGGUGAAAUGAAGCGACCAACUACCCAGAUGCCACCUACAACCAAACAUACUGUGCCACAAACAACUCCUCCCACAGCUACUGUGCUUGCCACUGCUGAACAGUCAACUACAGAGGAAGUAACACCUAAGCUAACAACUACCCAUCUUGUGCAGAUCCAACACAUUCUUUCAGAUCUUUUACCAACCUCUGACCAAGCAACUACUGUAGGCCUCCCUGUUCAAAACACUCCAUCUACACCAGUACCAACUACAUUCACUACCACAGCGCAAGGUUCAAUUGAACAGUUAACUACUAAACACCUAACUACCGAACAUGCAACUACUGUUAAAAAACCAACUACAUUCAAUAGCACAGUAAAUGUUACUAAACAGUUAACUACUGAACACCUAACCUCUGACCCAGUGUCUACUGUACCCGUUCAAAGCAAUAUCUCAAUGCCUGUACCAACUACAUUAAUUUCCACAGAACAUGCUUCAACUGAACAGUUAACUACUGAGCACCUAACCUCUGACCCAGUGACUACUGUACCUGUUCAAAACACUCCCUCAACACCAGUACCAACUACAUCCAAUACCCCAGUGCAUGUUUCUACUGGACAGCUGUCUACCAGACUCCUAACCUCUGACCCACUGACUACUGUACCUGUUCAAAAACCAACUACAUCCAAUACCCCAGUGCAUGUUUCUACUGGACAGCUGUCUACCAGACUCCUAACCUCUGACCCACUGACUACUGUACCUGUUCAAAAACCAACUACAUCCAAUACCACAGACCAUGUUUCUACUGAACAGCUGUCUACCAGACUCCUAACAUCUGACCCACUGACUACUGUACCUGUUCAAAACACUCCCUCAAUGUCUAUACCAACUACAUUCAAUACAACAGACCAAGUUUCAAUUGAACAGUUAACUUCUGAACACCUAACUAUAGACCGAGCGACUACUGGUUACAUACCUACAAAUGCAACUGCUGUAUCUGUUCAAAACACUCGCUCAACACCAGUACCAACUACUAAAGAACAUGCUUCAACUGAAAUGUUAACUACUGAAUACUCAACUAGAGAGGAAGCAACUACUGAAUACUCCUCAACUAGAGAGGAAGCAACUACUGAAUACUCAACUAGAGAGGAAGCAACUACUGGUUACUCAGCUAGAGAGGAAGCAACUACUGGUUACUCAGCUAGAGAGGAAGCAACUACUGGUUACAUACCUACAAGUGCUUCUACUGUCCCUGGUCAAAACAGUCCCUCAACACCUGUACCAACUACAUUCACUACCACAGAGCACGUUUCAACUGAACAGUUAACUACUGAACACUUAACCUCUGAUCCACUGACUACUGUACCUGUUCAAAACACUCCUUCUACACCUGUACCAACUACAUCCAAUACCCCAGUGCAUGUUUCUACUGGACAGCUGUCUACCAGACUCCUAACCUCUGACCCACUGACUACUGUACCUGUUCAAAAACCAACUACAUCCAAUACCACAGUGCAUGUUUCUACUGGACAGCUGUCUACCAGACUCCUAACAUCUGACCCACUGACUACUGUACCUGUUCAAAAACCAACUACAUCCAAUACCACAGUGCAUGUUUCUACUGGACAGCUGUCUACCAGACUCCUAACAUCUGACCCACUGACUACUGUACCUGUUGAAAACACUCCCUCAAUGUCUAUACCAACUACAUUCAAUUCAACAGACCAAGUUUCAACUGAACAGUUAACUACUAAACACCUAAAUACAGAAAGUGCAACUACUGUACCUUUUCAAAGCAUUAUCUCAAUGUCUGUACCAACUACCACAGAACAUGCUUCAACUGAAAUGUUAACUACUGAACACUCAACUACAGAGAAAGUGACUACUGAUUUCUCACCUACAAGUGCUUCUACUGUCCCUAUCCAAAACAUUUCCUCAACGUAUACCAACUACAUCCAAUACCACAGCAUGUUUCAACCGAAGAGGCGACUACUAAACACCUUACUACUGAGAAUGUAACACAUCAAUCAACAACUGAGCCUGCAGACACAGAAAUGCAACACAGCAUUACACAAGCGACUACUGAACAUACUUCUGCCCUAGAUAUAACCACAGUGGUUGAGACUGCUCCAUACAGUACUGCAGAGCCUGUCAGUAUCUCCACUGUCAUGCCAAAUGAAAACAGUCAAGGUUUAA